CAAAAGAUGGCAAAUAACCAGUCCACAUCAGACCUUAUAAUAGCCAAGAACAUUUGUAAGGUGGAUGACAAUAUGAUGCCAUUUGCGACCAUCUACAUCAUCAUCUUCCUGAUAGGCAUGACUGGCAGUCUGGUGGCCCUCUGGGCAUUCAUAUAUAGUAAAAACACCAAGAAGUGCAUGAACGUCUAUCUGAUCAACCUUCUCACCGCUGACUUCUUGAUGACAUUAGUACUGCCUGUUAAAAUCGCCAAAGAUUUGGGUCUAAAAUCUCAACAACUGACAAUCUUUCAUUGUCAAGUCAGUUCACCACUUCUGUACAUCAACAUGUAUGCCUCCAUCAUCUUUCUUGCCUUUGUCAGUGUGCAGCGUUACCUCCAGAUCACCCACAGUUCCAAGCUUUUCCGUCUGCAGGAGGUGGGAUUUGCUAUACUGAUGUCGGCUGUGGUCUGGCUUCUGGUGCUUUUCAUUAACGUCCCCAACAUGGCCAUUCCAAUCCUAGACGUAAAACCUAACAGCACUAUAACCUGUGCAGGCAUAAAGCAGGAUAUUGGCAAGAACUGGCACAUUUUGUCUGUCUUUCUAGGCAUGGCCAUCUUUAUGAAUGCAUCUGUGACUGUACUUCUGUCCAACGGCUUGGUUCUGAAGCAGUUUUGGGGCAAACGUAGAGGAGACCCCAAGGAGCAGGCUAUUGCUCAUCACGCCACUGUUAACAUCGCGAUGGUGACGGCGGCUUACAUGGUUUGUUUUGUGCCUUAUCACGCCGUGCGGAUGCCGUACACAUUUACCCAGAAUGAAGUGAUCACUGAUUGCGUAAUGAAGAAGCAUCUAUUCCUGGCCAAAGAGUCCACACUGUGUCUGGCCGUUCUGAACCUGUGCUUUGACCCAGUGCUGUACUUUUUCUUCAGCCCGUCAUUCAGACAUCAGAUCAUCCAGGUUUUUAGUAAAAGACGUUCAUCCGAUCAAAAUCAAAAUCCCAUAUCUGACCCAGAUCAAGAACUACAACUGCAGCCAGUUUCAUAA